AACCUGUACCAUCGUCGGCUCGUAGCCGAGUCGAGUGCAAAAGCCUGCUGGAUUUGCUACAAGCCGACUCCGACCGUCCUGACCACUCCGGACAACGACGACUUCUUUUACAUAUGCCCAGGACAUCUUCUCGACUCGAAAUUCGCGAUCGCGAAAGACGCCGAAGAUCUUGCCAAGAAGAAGAAGGAUGAAGAGAUCGAGAAGGAGAUCGAAAAGCUGAAGAAGGAGUUUCAAGACAAGAUGAAGAAGAAGCUGGACCGGCGACGCCAGAAGGAGCACGAGAAGGAUGGCAAGAAGACGAAGGAAGAGAAGAAAGAUGAUGCGGAUGAGGACAAGGAGCUUGAGAAGGAGCAGGAGGAGAAAUUGAAAGCACUUGAAAGCAAGAAGGAGUCUGAGAAAACCAAGGUUGAAGGUCCUAGGAUUUUUGAACUGCAGAAGCACUUCUAUCAGAUGCGACUGCAGCGGAAGAGAGAUGUGCAGGCAGCGAAGCGGAAUCAGGAGCGUCUGAGGAAUCCGAAUGCCUUUCCAAGUGUUCCGAAAGAU